AAGCACAUCAGUCUCCAGAUUGGCUUCGACAAGUUAAUAACGCGAAUCUAGUAUUUGAGCAAACGAUUCAUCGCCAUGGGAAAUAUCAUCUACUUAUCUUUGGUCCUAAUGUGGUUGUCAUUGUUCUUGUGCGAUGCAGCCACGGCCUUACCAACCUCUGAAGAUGAGAGAUUUUUCGAAAAACAGCUUAACCGAGAAUUGAUCAAUAAUUGGCUUACUUCAGUACGCAGUUCUCAAGUUUUGAAUAACCCUUGCCGUUAUUAUGUGGACAACUCUUGGAUGGCUCCAAUGCCAAAGCGAAAUUCUGAAUUGAUAAAUUCCCUCUUAAGUUUGCCCAAGAACAUGAACGACGCCGGAAAGUAAUGAAGAAAAAUACAAAUGGCACAUCCUCUAGUCUUCUAAAUUGGAAACAAUUCCAUGAAAAAAUAGUAAAAAAAUGAAAAAUUGUAAUAUUACAAAAAUAUUUGAGCAAUUGAGCGUAUUAAUAAAAUAUUUGUUAUCAUG